GUCACAUUUGUGACUUCAGUCAUUUAGUGGUAUUACUCGACCAUGUAAUCCUAUUUAUGACUAUCUCUCAUCCAACAUUGUUAAGAUCUAUCUAUCACGGCUUUUCACUAAAACUCCUAGAAUCGCCUCUCGAAAUUAGUCACUAGCGAGUGCAUGAAAAGUGUCAAUGUAGCGUUUUAUGGAGAAUAUAUACAUAUAUAAUCAAUAAAGUAUAAUUAACGCUAAUAAAAUCAUUAAGAUAACACUAAUUUUUAUUUACUGAACAUUUGACCCAUAUAUUCUAUAAAUUCAACAACCUCCAAUUUCUUAUAAUUAUCAUAUUGUAUUUUCACUGCCUUAUAUGUAUCCCUAAUGAAUUCAUUUUGAAUUACAAUAUACAUAUUUUAUCUGAAAAGUUAAAAUCUUUAGUUUUAGUUACAAUUUCUGAUGUGUGAAUUGUCACCAAUUAAAGUUUACAGGUACUAAAUAAUUAAUUGUUUACCAAUAUUUAUUGCCAUUGGUUUAUAAUGAUUUUACAAUGUUAAUGAGCGUAUUUAUUGUACAACCGUGCUUUGGUCUGUUCACAUACUAAAGAUAAUAAUUUGAAAGUCACUUUUAAAAAUAUUCAAUAUAGCAGUAGAUAGUGGUUCCGGAAUAUUUUACCUGAUUGUAUUGUGUACGAAAUGAAAAUCGACUGUUGACAAUGUUAAAUAUUCUUUAAACACGUAAGAUAAAAUAUACAGAAGAAGUUUAUGAAGCCUGUAUGGAAGCAUUCGAUUGUUUACCGUUGGCUGCUUUGAUGAAUCAACAGUUUUUGUGCGUUCAUGGUGGUCUUUCUCCGGAAAUUCAUACUUUGGAUGAUAUACGUCGUAUUGAUCGAUACAGAGAGCCUCCUGCGUUUGGUUCAAUGUGUGACCUUUUAUGGUCUGAUCCGUUGGAAGAUUUUGGGAGUGAAAAAUCAUUAGACCAUUUCUCUCAUAAUUGUGUUAGAGGUUGUUCUUUCUUUUUCAGUUAUGAUGCUUGCUGUGAUUUCCUACAGACUAACAGUCUUCUCUCUAUAAUACGUGCACAUGAAGCUCAAGAUGCUGGUUAUCGUAUGUAUCGAAAAAAUCAGGCCACUAAUUUUCCUUCACUCAUCACCAUAUUUAGUGCUCCUAAUUAUCUUGAUGUGUAUAACAACAAAGCUGCCAUACUUAAAUAUGAAAAUAAUACAAUGAAUAUACGACAAUUUAAUUGUUCACCUCAUCCUUAUUGGCUUCCAAACUUUAUGGAUGUAUUCACUUGGUCUUUACCGUUUGUCGGUGAAAAAGUCACAGAAAUGCUUAUGAAUGUGUUAAGUAUAUGUUCUGACGAUGAAUUAAUGAAAGAAGGUGAUGACACAUUUGAAGGUGGCACUGUAGCUGCUCGUAAAGAAGUGAUUCGUAAUAAAAUACGUGCAAUCGGUAAAAUGGCUCGUACUUUCACAGUGCUAAGAGAAGAAAGUGAGUCUGUAUUUGAACUGAAAGGCUUGACACCAAAUGGGAUGUUACCAUUAGGUGCACUGUCUGGAGGAAAAGAAUCAUUAAAUAAAGCACUUUCUGGUGUUUCACCCAGAAAUAAAAUCAUCUCUUUUGAGCAAGCGAAAGCAUAUGAUCAGAUUAAUGAACGUAUGCCUCCUAGAAGAGAUAGUUCAGCAUCAACUAGCACUGGUACUUCCGUUCGAACGUUUGGUUCCACAUCUCGUCAAAGCGACAGAAGACCAGCACCUAACCCACCUACUGUCACUCCUAACACUAUAGAUUCCACUCAAAUCUCCAGCUAUCGGCGUGUCAGCUCGAAAAGCAAUACUAGUCGGACAACUGCGGAUGAAAAUGACACACAUCGUUCAUCAAGUUCUGGUGGUCUCCGGAAUAGUAAUGGUGAGACUGACAUAAAUUCCGUAACAAAAUCGGCACAUGCUACAUUAAAUUCGUAUCCAUCAAUCUCACCUAAUAUUCGAGAUACAAAUCCUCGAAUACCGGCUACUAGCUCUGAUAAUUCCACUAAAAAGUAA